AUGCUUUUGGUGCUGUCACCUCCCGACCCUCUUGGGCGCCGCCGAUCCCUCGGAGAUGGACGGGAGUCGAUCAUCUACAGCGCUGGGAUCAGCGCGUGCGGGAAGGGCAAGCAGUGGCAGCGGGCAUUGGCGCUACUCAGCGAGAUGUGGGAGACGCAGGUGAAGCCCAACGUCUUCAGCUACAGCGCUGGGAUCAGCGCGUGCGAGAAAGGCGAGCAGUGGCAGCGGGCGCUUGCGCUACUCAGCGAGAUGUGGGAGGCGAAGCUCGAACCCGACGUCAUUACCUACAGCGCUGGAAUCAGCGCGUGCGAGAAGGGCGAGCAGUGGCAGCAGGCGCUGGUGCUGAUGAGCGAGAUGAGGACGGCAAAGGUGAGGCCCAACGUCUUCAGCUACAGCGCCGGGAUCAGCGCGUGCGAGAAGGGCAAACAGUGGCAGUGGGCGCUGGCACUGCUGCGCGAGACGCGAGAGGCGAAUGUGGAUCCUGACGUCUUCUUCAUCUGCAGCGCUGGGAUCAGCGCGUGCGGGACGGUCGAGCAGUGGCAGCGGGCGCUGGCAUUGCUCAGCGAGAUGUGGGAAGCAAAGGUGAAGCCCAACGUCAUCAGCUACAGCGCUGGGAUCAGCGCCUGCGAGAAGGGUGAUCAGUGGCAGCAAUCUCUGGCGCUGCUCAGCGAGAUGUGGGAGGCGACGGUGAAGCCCCACGUGCUCUCUACAGCGCUGGGAUCAGCGCGUGCGAGAAAGGCUUGCAGUGGCAGCGGGCUCUGGUGCUGCUCAGCCAGAUGCGGGAUGCGAAGCUUGAGCCCGACACCACCAGCUGUAACGCUGGCAUCAGUGCGUGCGCGAGGGGCGGGCAGUGGCAGCAGACCCUGCGGUUGCUCAACGAGUCUUCGGAAAUAUCGUUGGAUCUGGAUGUGCUUAUUUACAGUGAUCCCGUGUGCUUGUGUGAGCAAAACGGAGAAUGGCAACAGGCGCUGUCGUUGUUUAACGAGCUUUGGAGGUUUGAGCUGA